GACGAGAAAAUUGGGAAAUACAUACUCGACGCAGACCACCAUUGAACCCCCUCCAUUUCCUCGCGCUUUCUCAAUCAUAUUCAGGACACAGAUUUUAAUUUCUUUGGGAAACAAAAAAAGAGAGAGGAAACUGUUAUUGGGUUCUUGUUUCUAUGUAAGGAAUUGUUCAAUGGGAAGAGUUCCUGCAACGUUUCUGUUUACAAUCUUUACGUCAAAGAAGAGCGUUUCUAGGGCCAGGGCUUUGUUAUUGAAUCGGUAUUUUCAUUCUCUCAGACAAUUUGGCGACUGGGUGUUGGAGAAAGACCACUUUAAUGCCACCUUUGAUGUUCCCAAACGGCAGGUCUCUACUAGCCUGGUCGACCUUAUUCGUCCAUCAAAUGGUUCAAAAUUCAGGCAUUUUAACCUUGCUGACGUGAGGCCCUUUUCGUCCACAGUUGAAAAUGGGGACAGUUUUGAGAAGAGUAAUAGUUGCAAUUCAGCGGUGGAGGAGUUGCAGGAUAAGAAGGGUUUGGAUUUUGUGGAAAGUGUUGGUUUUGAUGGUGUUGAGGAGAAUGGAAUGGGAAAUGGGGUUGAUUAUUUUGAGGAGAACAAUACCUGUGAAUCAGAAAUUGUUGAACAGGAAGAUGGAAUUGAUGAAAAUGAGAAGCGUGAAGAUGUUGCCUUUCGUGAUCCCAUAGACUUGUAUAGGCAGCUUCGUGAUAAUCCUAGAAGGCAUAAGUUACAACAAUCAGAAUGGGACACUUUGCAGGAAGUUUUCAAUUGUUUUGCAAAAUCAGGUUGGGCAGCCAACCAGUCUCUUGGGAUUUACAUUGGCUUAUCAUUUUUUCGCACUGCUGUUCAUAAGUUCCGUAAUUUCUUCUAUAAGAAAUGUUGUUCUGAAAUUGUCAAGCAUGUGCUGUCGCUUGGUCCAUCUGAUGCUACCGUUAAGUUCCUCUUCCCUAUAUUUGUGGAGUUCUGCAUUGAAGAAUUCCCUGAUGAGAUCAGGCGAUUUCAAGGUAUGCUUGAAUCAGCGGAUCUUACAAAACCCCAUACUUGGUUUCCCUUUGCACGGGCAAUGAAGCGCAAGAUUAUUUAUCAUUGUGGUCCAACAAAUAGUGGCAAGACUUACAAUGCAUUGCAGUGUUUUAUGGAAGCAAAGAAAGGUAUUUAUUGUAGUCCGCUGAGGCUCUUGGCUAUGGAAGUUUUUGACAAAGUAAAUGCACAGGGAGUUUAUUGCAGUCUCCUUACAGGGCAAGAAAAGAAACAUGUGCCAUUUUCGAACCAUGUUGCUUGUACGGUGGAAAUGGUGUCAACAGAUGAGUUAUACGAUGUAGCUGUAAUUGAUGAAAUCCAAAUGAUGGCAGAUCCAUAUAGAGGUUAUGCAUGGACAAGGGCAUUGCUUGGAUUGAAGGCUGAUGAGAUACAUUUAUGUGGCGAUCCAAGUGUUUUAAACAUUGUUAGAAAGAUCUGUUCAGAUACUGGGGAUGAAUUGCAUGAACAACACUAUGAGAGGUUCAAACCAUUAGUGGUUGAAGCAAAGACGCUGUUGGGAGAUCUUCGUAAUGUUCGAUCUGGGGAUUGUGUGGUUGCUUUUUCUAGGAGAGAGAUCUUUGAGGUGAAAAUGGCUAUUGAGAAGCACACAAAGCACCGAUGCUGUGUUAUUUAUGGUGCUUUGCCACCAGAGACCCGUAGACAACAGGCUAGCUUGUUUAAUGAUCAAGAUAAUGAAUUUGAUGUGCUUGUUGCUAGUGAUGCUGUGGGGAUGGGCUUGAAUCUUAAUAUUAGAAGAGUCAUAUUCUAUAGUCUUUCCAAAUACAAUGGUGACAAGAUUGUUCCAGUCCCAGCAUCUCAGGUGAAGCAGAUUGCUGGAAGAGCUGGUCGUAGAGGAAGCCGCUAUCCAGAUGGACUGACAACAACUUUGAACUUAGAUGAUCUGGAUUAUCUAAUUGAGUGUUUGAAGCAACCAUUUGAAGAUGUUAAGAAAGGGGGUCUUUUUCCAUUUUUCGAGCAGGUUGAGUUGUUUGCUGGUCAACUCCCUAAUGUUACUUUCUCCCAGCUGCUUGAAAAGUUUGGUGAAAGUUGCCGUUUGGAUGGGUCAUACUUUUUGUGUAGGCAUGAUCAUAUUAAGAAGGUGGCAAAUAUGUUGGAAAAGGUCCAGGGUUUAUCUCUGGAAGAUCGGUUCAACUUUUGCUUUGCUCCAGUUAAUGUUAGAGAUCCAAAAGCAAUGUACCAUCUCCUUAGAUUUGCUUCGGUUUACAGUCAAAAUGCCCCUGUUAAUAUAGCCAUGGGCAUGCCAAAGGGUUCUGCCAAAAAUGAUGCAGAACUGAUGGAUCUUGAGACAAGGCAUCAAGUGUUGUCUAUGUACUUAUGGUUGUCUCACCACUUCAAGGAGGAAACUUUUCCAUAUGCGAAGAAAGCUGAGGUAAUGGCAUCCAAUGUUGCAGAGUUAUUAGGUCAGUCUCUCAUUAAUGCAAACUGGAAACCAGAGUCAAGACAGGCUAACCAAAAGAAACCCCACCCAGAGGAAGAUGGAUAUGAUCGGCCAAGAUCACUUGUUAAAUUAAUAGACAAGAAAAGGCGGGAUAAAUCCUCUGCAGCAUAGUUGCAUUGCAUACUGCAGGUUGGGAAGAGGGACAUGGCUCUUUUGCACCUUAAGUACAACCAGGCGUAGCGUAUUCUUGUCUGCAUUUUUUGUGCUGACAUCCUGAGCUUUGAUAUUGUUGUGAUAAGAAUAUACAUGAUCAAGACACAGAAUAGAAGCAAAAAUAAUUUCACAAAAACAAGGAACAGUCUAUCACACUGGUAGUUUGAGAUCUUUCUAGAUGGUUCUUCUCUUAAGUGGAAGGUAUGCUGCCUCCUCCACUUACAGUUCUGCACAUUUCCCUAUAGAUCUUUAUAGUUUUACUGUGCUAGGUGGUGGCUAGCCAAGAGACUGAAUUAAUGGCCUCUUUUGUGCUGCAUCAGAGCUGGCUUUCAACCCAUAGUACUUGAUUAUGGCUUCAAGUUCUGCAGCUACUGCUCUGCUAUUUUUAACUUCUAUAGCUAGUAAAAUUUGCCAAACCUCUGGACUUCAUUGAAGGAGCAAAGGAUCAAGGACGACGUUGGCAUGGCACUCCCAAAGAUUGUACUACGUAUCUUUUGGCCAUCAGCUUAUCGGAGGGGAUUGAUUCAUAGAAAAUCAAGUGAUAUUGCAGAAAUUUUUCCAUAUACACCACAUUUAUGAACUUUUUACCCUGUUAUUAUUAGGAGAGAUAUUAGGUGACUAAUAGUACGUGGAAAUGCUGCUCGCUUAUUUUAAGAUUUUCUGCAUAAAGAGGGAUUCAUUUUAUUGUUAAGCCCUGAAGUUUUUGCGCUUGUU